CGUGUGAGGGUUUUGAGUCUAAAACCCUGAACCCUAUCCAUCUUCAGAAUCCAGAAGAGAGCAUAGAUGAUUGUCCAUCGCUGUGCUUCAAUGCUACAUUUCAGCAGAUUAUCUUCUCCUCCUAGACUUCUCUCCCCGUUUAAAAGUUGCUAUUCAUCCCUCCUCGAUCGUUCAUCAUCAGCACCAUCUUCUUCUUUGCGAAUUGGCCUUUAUUGGCUGGACUCACCACGCCGCCGACGGACUAGGGCGUUUGGAACCGCCUCCGCUACCGCCCAAGAUCGGAAUGGAGCCGAAACGUUCUUUGCCGACCAAGGCGUUUCGUGGGCGUCCCUCGGAGUAUCCGACCGGCUCACCCGUGCUCUUUCCACCGUAGGCAUCGAAAGACCUUCUUUGGUUCAGGCUGCUUGUAUACCCUAUAUACUUUCAGGCAAUGAUGUGGUAGUUGCAGCAGAGACUGGUAGUGGUAAAACGCAUGGCUACUUAGUUCCACUAAUUGAUAAACUAUGUGGCACACCCAAUGAUUCUGCGGAUGCUUCAACUGAUCAAGAAUCAAGACAUCUGCAUCAGCUUUGUCUUGUUCUUUGUCCAAAUGUGAUGCUCUGUGAGCAAGUAGUUCAAAUGGCUAACUGCCUUUGUGGUGAUCAUGGUGAACCACUUCUACGAGUGGUAGCUGUUUGUGGACGACAGGGAUGGCCAGUUAAUGAACCAGAUAUUAUUGUUUCAACACCAGCUGCUUUUCUGAAUAAUCUUAAUGCAAUUGACCCAGAAAAACAGCGUCGUUCCAAUUUUCUGCGUGGUGUGAAAUGUGUGGUGUUUGACGAAGCAGAUAUGCUUCUUUGUGGGAGCUUUCAGAAUCAAGUCAUCCGUCUCAUAGAUAUGCUUCGUUUUGAUGAAAAGAUAUUGUCUCGCAUAAAAAAAUCGGUACCUGAUAAGCCAACGGAAUUGGAAUCUGAUUCCAUGUUGCAUUUUUAUUCUGAAUCUGAAAAAGAUGAGGAGGAAACAGAGGAGCAAACUGAAAUCAUCUCAGAUGAGGAGGAAAAUGUUGAAGGUGAACCUGUUGUUGAAGGUUUCACAGAGGAGAUUGAAGUUGGGUCUAUCAAGAAAAAAGAUUGGAGGAGAGUGAGAAAUUAUGAGCGUAGUAAACAGUACAUUUUUGUUGCAGCUACCCUUCCAGUUAAUGGAAAGAAAACUGCUGGGGGAGUCUUAAAACGGAUGUUUCCAGAUGCCCAUUGGGUUAGUGGAGGCUACCUACAUUGUCACAAUCCCAGAUUGGAGCAGAAGUGGAUUGAAGUCACAGUUGAUACACAGGUGGAUGCUCUCAUAGAUGCUGUGAAACAAGGGUUUAGAUCUAAAGUGUUAGAUUCUGGUGUUGGUGUGAGUCGAACCAUGGUGUUUGCAAACACUGUUGAGGCUGUUGAAUCAAUCUCAAAGAUAUUACACAGGGCUGGGGUUGAAUGUUUCCGUUACCAUAGAGAUAGCUCUUUGGAGGAGCGCGCGAAGACUUUGGUUGAUUUUCAACAGAAAGGUGGUGUUCUUGUGUGCACUGAUUCUGCUGCACGUGGUCUUGACAUUCCUAAUAUUUCGCAUGUGAUUCAGGCAGACUUUGCAACUUCCGCUUUAGAUUUCUUGCACAGGGUUGGUCGAACAGCUAGAGCUGGUCAGUUUGGGCUCGUCACUAGCCUGUAUACGGAAUCCAACAGGGAUCUUGUUGCUGCAAUUCGCCAAGCAGAUAAACUGGGUCAACCAGUGGAUGCAGCAUUUAGCAGGAAAAGGAGCUUCAGGAACAAACUUAAGAAGAGAGGUACCAACAAAUUGGGAGAUGUUGAAGAGAGAGUUCUAGCAUAAAUUGAAUGUGUACAAAGAACUUGCAAAUUGAGAGAUGCUGGAAGAGAGUUUUCCAGCCCAAACUGAAAGCACAUGCCAGCUGAUUUUUAUUUCUCAUAGUAAUGUACAUGUUAUUUUUCUAGUUUCUUUGAAUUAUGUUCCCUCAGAUCUUUUAUACUUUGUAGCAAUAGAAAUGUUAGUUUCUUUGAAUUAUAAUAUCUUUUAACA